AGCCGUCUCUCUCAAAUUCAUUAUUCAUUCAUCUUUUUGCCCCCCAAUAUCCUCUAAUUUCUACACGUAGAAUAUACGCUGAGAGUCUCCCAUCUGUCAAUCUUUCGUCUGCUGAUCUUCAGGCAUCAAGAAGAUGCAAAUAAGUUGCAAAAGUAGAUACAAAAGUAGCUAGCUCCAGGGGAAUCUACGGAGGAAAUAUUGACCCAACUAUACAAGCACAUGAGACAUCCAGCUGUGAGGGAAUGUGAAGGAGUUGAUAGACCAUCAAACCAUCUACUAUUCCUUUCCCUCCAAAUACUCCAAAAAAUUGCUGCAGGUAUCAUCUUCCAGGUUCGGUUGAUGGUGCUGUCAACUUUCCAGCAGCCUCAACUCUCAAAAGCUUCUUCGAUGCCAUAUGGCAUGACCCCAACUGAGUUCAAAAAGAGAGUAAAACAUGUUCUACUGCUCUGCUGCAAUAGUGCAGUGCAAAAAAGAUGUCUAUGGCUUUCUGCUUCUUUAUUACAAGUAGCAUCUAUUCACACUCUGAAAUUUCCUUCUAGAGAGCUGAGAGGUUGUCUUGAGUUAGGCAUGCUUCGUAGAGUGGAACCUUUCUGAUUGAAGCCACAUUUUUUCAAACUUAAAAGUAUGAAGGGCUGACAUUCCAAUCUCAACUAUCAAGUAGAAUAGGCUUGUGAGGGCUAAUUGUUUUACAACUUUGAAUGAGUCGUUCCACUCUUUAGAAAUGAGAAAUCUAUCAAUUCUCGAUACUUGCACAAUAUGGAAAUGAGAAAUCUAUCAAUUCUCGAUCCUUUUGAACUUGUAUAACUAAUUAACAUUUAUAAAACUAUGAUAAUCAUGUUUAUCUGGUAACGUGUUCACUUUCAAAACAGAAAACUAUGAUAACUAGCAUAUUAUCUGCAUUUUGAUCUGUGUUAAUAUAUAUGGAUGUCUCCUUAUUAAAGUCACUCAGAAUAUCGCAAGCAUGCCCUCAAUUGGUAACACUGCUUAGUGAUUGUUGAGUGCUGGUAACUUUACUUCUAUGUCUUUCUUUCUCUUGUAAUGGGCUUGGCUGAUAAAUCUAUUAAUUCUUCUUGUUUGUUAGCUUUCUGACUGGAUAAAUUACUUUUGCAGGAGAUUGUGAAUACCUACUACAAAACUGUUGAUUUACUACGGUUGCUCAUUUUGUCAUAGAACUAAACCAACUCAAGGAUAUCAAGAAACUUAAAAAGCAAAGUGAUAAAGGAAAUACUUCGCUUUGCGGUCUUUAACGUGGAUUAGACCCUAAACCUUUGUCUUCAUCACUUUUUAAGAUAUAAACAGGGAGAUUGUGCACCCCGUACAGAAAAUAAUGGCUUCGUUUGGGUCUCUUAAGCAGGCUAUCUUUGAUAGACAAACAAGAAAACAGCAAUACCAAGAUCACAUACGAGGCCUGAAUGCUUAUGAUCGCCACAAGAAAUUCCUCAAUGAUUAUGUUGGAUUUUAUGGAAGAGAGAGAUCCACACAAGAAAAGUUGCCUGUUAAAACAGAUCAGGAUACUCUUAAAGAAGGAUACCGAUUCAUACGAACUGAGGAAGAUGAUAUGAAUCCAUCUUGGGAGCAAAGGCUGGUGAAGCGCUACUAUGACAAGCUUUUCAAAGAAUAUUGUAUAGCUGAUAUGACACACUAUAAGAGUGGGAAGAUUGGUCUGAGAUGGAGGACCGAAAAGGAAGUGACAUCUGGGAAAGGGCAUUUUGUCUGUGGUAACAAACACUGCAAUGAGAGAGAUGGUCUAGCAAGCUACGAGGUGAAUUUUUCAUAUGUUGAAGCAGAAGAAAACAAACAGGCCCUGGUGAAAUUGGUAGCCUGUGAGAGAUGUGCAGAAAAGCUUCUUUAUAAAAAGAGGAAAGAGAAGGAUCAAUCUAGAGAAAACCUGAAAGAUAAGCAACGAAGGAAAAGGGAAAGAUCUGUAAGUAGUGAUGAGGAUGAUAAUUACGAACGAAGGAAAAGGGAAAAAUGUGUAAGUGAUGUUGAAAAUAAGGAAGAUAAUUACGAACGAAGGAAAGGCAGGAAUGGACGGUCAAAGGCUCCAACUUCAUCUGAUAAUCCGGUUAAUGAAGACAAUGAAAAUAUGGAUGAGUAUCUGGAGGGAAUGUUUCCUUGACAGGAGGAUACUGAUGUUUUUGUAGAGAUCUCAGGUUUUCAUUAAAUUAGUUUAGAUUGCAGCUAGGUAUUUUUGUUUGGACAAUGGAGAGGAAUUUUGGUAGGAAAUACGCAAGCAAGUUCAUAUUUUUGAAAGGCUAGACUGGUUAAAGAAAAACAUGAAGGAACCUGGAAAAGCUGGAAGUGGGGAGCUCAAGUAUUCUAUUUGGUUGUCUCAUCCACGCAAAAGCAAGAAGUGUAGCAAGUGAUAUUUCUAAUUAGUUUUCGACAGCUUUUGCUAAUAAGUAGCUCCUCUGAAUGUAAAUAUAUGAUCCUUGCACGCUUUUGUUCGUUAUGAAUUUUACUCCAUUGAACUAACAGGUGUCUCAUCCUUCAAUGUUGUACAUCGAUUUAACGUGCAAGUGUGUCGCUUUCUCUGUGA